AAAUCAUAUAUAUCCCACCACAACCAUCGAUGGUUCACACACUUUGAUAUUUCAGUCAACUAAAGAAAAAACAGGUAAAUGAAGACAAGGCUUCCCAUAAACUCCAAAGACUUAUAUAAAGAACCUUAACAUUGUCUCAUUUUGUUUAAACAACUCUCUAUUUCAUCUCCUCUUAGUCCUUUCUUAAACAUCUUCCCCUUUAACUCCCAUAUGGAACAAUCACAAUUACAUGAUCAUGCCACCAAAAAAUGGAGUCCCAAAGUUCCAAAACAGAGAAAAUUUGUUGGUGUAAGACAAAGACCUUCUGGAAAAUGGGUUGCAGAGAUCAAGAACACAACACAAAAGAUCAGGAUGUGGCUGGGAACGUUUGAUUCAGCUGAAGAAGCUGCUCGUGCUUAUGAUGAGGCUGCUUGUCUUCUACGAGGAUCAAAUGCUCGAACUAAUUUCCAUAACCAUUCCCCUGUCAGUCCUGCUCUUUCUAUGAAAAUUAGAAACCUCCUCAAUCAUAAGAAAAGCCUCAACAAGAUCAAUCCCAAAAGUACUAGUACUCCUAAAAAUCCCACAACUAGUACUAUUUCAACAAGUCAUCGACAAACUAAGAUAUGUAAUGAUGAUGCAUACAAGCCUGAUUUUAACUUCUUUAUGGCUGGAAUUGAUCAAAUGGGGUCAACAAAUUUCGAUCAUUCAUCAACAUUUUCAACUGAUUUUGAUACGAUUCUUCUGGAUGACGAAAAAGUUUGUAACUUUCAAGAGGUACCAAAGGGAAAUCUUGAAGAUCAUCAGAUGCCUGAAUUUGAACACAUGAAAGUUGAAAGACAAAUAUCAGCUUCACUAUAUGCUAUGAAUGGAGUGAAUGAAUAUUGGGAGAAUUUUCAUGAUAAUACUGAUCCUAAUUUUUGGGAUCUCCCUAUGCUCUACCAAAUGUUUUGUCCAAGUUAGGACUUUCUUUGACUCUUUAAAGAUAUCGUUGAUUGUGUGUUGGAUUUUUCUAAAGCUAUACAUAAUCAGAGAAUUCGAUACGGGUGCAACAAUACUUUCAGAAGAUCUGAGUAACAUAGAUACCAAAUGUUUUAAGCCUUUCUCAAUCUAUUAUCUUCACAAUUGGAGUUGAUCAUCAAA